GUUCAGUCAAACGAGCACCCUCGUAUAGUAUCAAUCAACCCCCAAGAUCAAGCGAGUCCAGACUACUUGAUCAACUCCAUGAACCGGCUCCAUGUACAGACCGAGAAGGCUUCCAACAAGAACACGCCGAAGCCAGGAGGCAUAGCUGCCAUGAAUGACGUUGAUGCUGCUGCUCCCCUCUUCUACUUGGGGUAUACCUUCUUCAAGGCCACCCCCACCCCCGGGAAGAAGAGCACCUGGAGUCAAGUGGAGAGAGCGAAGAUGAACCUUAGCCAAUCAGACUUGAUGAACAUGGUGGUCAACCGGACCAAGAAGCUACCCGUGGCCGAGCAGUACCAUUCUUUGUCCAAGGCGAAGCGGGCCCACGUCGACCAACUAAUUCAUGAGCUUAGGUCCAGCGGUCCCCGAUUCGAAUGGGCUUGCGUCUAUGUGAAGGAGGACGAGAAACCUGUUAGGGGCAAGAAUACUCGACGCGGUGAUUAUGAGACGGUCUCGUUAGAAGUCAUCAUCCGGAAGAAGGCUGCAAGUCUGGUAUACCCGCAGGUUUCUGUCAAUGAACCUGUGGAGAGAAUAACCCCUACCGGAGACACCUUUCAAGCCCCUAGCAGCUAUACUCUGUUCAACAGGGAACCCAGGUUGAGCCAAACUGUUCCUCCAACCAAUCCAUUGGCCAGGCACGCAGGAUCUGCCGAACCUGCCACCCAUCAAGGAACAGUGCCCGCAAGAAUGGCUGAUAUCCAGCAGCCACUGCCUUUCAGGCCGAAUCACCAGCCUCCACCUCCUCCACCACAGCAUUCAUUCCCGACAGGAGUACAGCGGCCCAUUCCCCAGGAGCAAUGGGCGGCUUGGAUACAGCAGGGGAUGCCAGCUGCUGCGCACCCACAAUAUCGUCCUUCUGCAGGAACUCAUGAUUCUGCAGCCACUCUUACAGAGCAUGAGACGCAAAGGGGCAUCCCACAGAUGCCAACCAUGUGGAAUGAUCCUCGCGGAGCUUCUGUCACACAGGGUCCGGUCCAUCGAGGUCCCAAUAUUCAUCUCCAACCCAGCCCGUUGAAGCCACCCGAGUUGCAUGAGCUGGGUAAGACCAGGGCUCAUACCCCCACGCAUCCUAAGCCUGAUCAUAUCAACGCAGCAAUGCCCGUCGCAGAGCCAGAGACAGACUUAGGCAUGGAGUCGAGUAAUGUGGGCGAUGGGGAGUCUGAGUUCGACUUCGACGACGAAAGUUCAAUGUCCGAGGGUUCGGAUGAGGGGUCAGAAGCCGAAGAGAACCCUCAACCUCAACCAUGGCGAGGCAGUCUCUACCGUCGCCAUUCGGCCCCCAGCACCAAGCAGGUUUACCGGACGCACUAUCGCAAACAGCCUCAGAAAAGCAGUUCAAAUCAGGGGACAGGUCGCAAUGGUUACCCUGCUGGUUCCAUUGAUGUGGUCCCUGCCAAGAGUAAUCACAACGACCCUAGGGUCAUUCUCAGCCGAGAAGUUACACGGCCGGCCCGAGAUCGGCCCAAGAUCAUCCAGGCGCCUGUUCCUCCCGAGGGGUUAGACAUGAAGCAACUGGUCGAGGAGAGAAUUGGCCGCUAUGAUGGCGGACGGAUGCGAAACGAUAUUCGAACGCGGAUGUUGGACGAUCGGGAGGCGCGACUGGAGCAUCGCGAGAGACUAUUGGACCUCAAAGCGCGGGUCCUGGAGGAGGAGUGGGACAGUGCAUGUUACCUGCCCCGACGCAUGUCACUCCGUGACUCAGGGUCAUUUUAUGCCCGACGAUAU